GCUGGCAGCUCUGGUCCUCGCUGGACAGGGAAGAGCUCUGGGAUGGACCUCACGUUCUGGGUAGCCUCAGGCACCGCUCACAGCAGGGAACGCAGGGCGUGCCUGGGCUUCCCCCUGCAAAGCCCAGGGCGCUGUGCCUGUGGGAGGCGGCUCACUGGAUGUUUUACUCUUGAGGCCUCAGAACUGCUGGGCACCAGGAGGCAAAGGCCUAGACGCCCUGUAGGGAGACCAUCUGGGGUCUGGGCGACAAUCCGCACAGAACCCUGCUGUUUCUCGUGGGAGGAGUGUUGUCAUGUGCUUCAUUCGUGGUACUGCCCCCUGGGACCGUGGUGACAGCAUGGAAAGGUCUUGGCGAGCCCUGCCUGGGCCGGAAGUGUGCGGAGGAUGGAAACGUGCGCUCGGCCAUGUCUCUGGGCCGCCUCCUUCGCAGGGCCUCCUCCAAGGCCUCAGACCUCCUGACCCUCACCACGGGGGGCAGUGGCGGGUCCCCCUCCAUCCUGGAUGGAGAGAUCAUCUACUCCAAGAACAAUGUCUGUGUGCAUGCUCCCAAGGGGCUGCAGGGCCCAGGGGAGCACCACCCAGGGUACCUGUGCCUGUACAUGGAGAAGGAUGAGCUGCUGGAGGCUACCCUCAUCCUGGCAUGGGUCCCCAACUCUCGCAUCCAGAGGCAGGACGAGGAGGCCCUACGCUAUAUCACCCCCGAGAGCUCCCCAGUGCGCAAGGCGCCCCGCCCUCGGCGGCGGCGCACCACGAGCCUGGGAGCCCUGUACCAAGCCUCUCCCCCAGAGCCGAGGCCUCCCCUGACUCCCAAAGAUGAGGAUGUGUUGGCAGUGGUUCAGAACACCCAGGAUACUCUGCGCGGCAGCCCCACGUCUGAAGACGGGGAGAAGUUGGCCCAGGGCCCAGAGGCGGAUGGGCCUCUGCCUGCUUCCCAGCCAGUCCACAGCGACUCUGGGAUCCUGUCUGCAGUCAGUUCACAAGAUGGGACGGAGGAUGGCCGAGAGCCACGGCCCGAGGCCGCGGAGGAAGAGGGCUCCUUGGAGUUAUCGGCUGAUGGCGUGAGCAGGGAUAGCUCCUUCGACUCCGACUCUGACGCCUUCUCUUCACCUUUCUGCCUCUCGCCCAUCAGCGCAGCCCUGGCGGAGGGGAGCGGCUCUGCAUUCCUGGAGAGCGAGGGCAGCUCCCCCUCUAGCUCGGAUGCCAACCUGCGGUUCCCCGACAGCAGCGGCCUCCUGCACACAGCUCGCUGGGACGAGCCUCUGCGGGGGUGUGCCCUGGAGCAGAUUUGUGGUGUCUUCCGAGUGGACCUGGGCCACAUGCGCUCCCUGAGACUCUUCUUCAGUGAUGAAGCUUGCACUAGUGGCCAGCUGGUGGUGGCCAGCCGAGAGAGCCAAUACAAGAUUUUCCACUUCCACCAUGGCGGCCUGGACAAGCUCUCCGAGGUGUUCCAGCAAUGGAAAUUCUGCACGGAGACACACCUCAGGGACCAGCAGGUCACGGAUGAGAGGACAUGCAUGCAGUUCUCCAUCCGAAGGCCCAAGCUGCCAUCCUCUGAGACCCACCCGGAAGAAAGCCUGUACCGGAGGCUGGACGUGUCUGCCUGGCUCAACCACCUGAAUGAUCUUGGCCAGGUGGAGGAGGAAUACAAGCUACGCCAGGCCAUUUUCUUUGGUGGCAUUGAUGUGUCGAUCCGGGGGGAGGUCUGGCCUUUCCUGCUGCACUAUUACAGCCACGAGUCCACGUCGGAGGAGCGUGAGGCGCUGAGGGAGCGGAAGCGAAAGGAAUAUUCAGCGAUCCAGCAAAAAAGACUCUCCAUGACCCCCGAGGAGCAGAGGGCCUUCUGGCGCAGCGUGCAGUUCACCGUGGACAAGGACGUGGUGCGGACAGAUAGGAAUAACCAGUUCUUCCGCGGGGAGGACAACCCAAACGUGGAGAGCAUGAGGAGGAUUCUGCUGAACUAUGCUGUGUACAACCCAGCCAUCGGCUACUCACAGGGCAUGUCAGACCUGGUGGCACCCAUCCUGGCAGAGGUCUUGGAUGAAUCAGACACUUUCUGGUGCUUCGUGGGUUUGAUGCAGAACACCAUCUUUGUUAGCUCUCCCCGGGACGAGGACAUGGAGAGACAGCUGCUGUACCUGAGGGAGCUGCUCCGGCUGACCCACCCUCGCUUCUACCAGCACCUGGUCUCCCUGGGCGAGGAUGGGCUCCAGCUGCUGUUCUGCCACCGAUGGCUCCUGCUGUGUUUCAAGCGGGAGUUCCCUGAGGCUGAGGCCCUGCGCAUCUGGGAGGCCUGCUGGGCCCACUACCAGACAGACUACUUCCACCUGUUCGUCUGCGUGGCCAUCGUGGCCAUCUACGGGGAUGACGUCAUCGAGCAGCAGCUCGCCACAGACCAGAUGCUCCUGCACUUCGGGAACCUGGCCAUGCACAUGAAUGGAGAACUGGUGCUCAGGAAGGCCAGGAGUCUCCUGUACCAGUUCCGCCUCCUACCGCGGAUCCCCUGCAGCCUACAUGACCUGUGCAAGCUGUGCGGGACAGGCAUGUGGGACAGCGGGUACAUGCCAGCUGUGGAGUGUGCCGGCCACCACCCGGGUUCAGAGAGCUGUCCCUAUGGGGGCACAAUGGAGAUGCCGUCCCCCAAGCCCCCAAGAGAAGGCAAGAAGGGCCCAAAGGCACCCCGGGAGGCCUUUGGUUUCCGCAGAUAGGAAAACCUCUGCCCUUGACAAGAGCAAGGGGACCUCCCCGAGGCCCUGGACAAGUGGGGAGAGGGAGGGGACGGACGUCGAGGGAACGGAGUCUAGAAACACAAGGAAAGGCCUCUGGCCAGUGUGACAAAGUCAGACACUGAAGUGACACAGCGGAUAUCAGGUGUCCUGAGGAUUCAGCGUCUGAAAGGCUGGCCCAGGGUGUCUGGCUACUAAUGCACCGGAAUGCAGGCUGCUGGCUGGCCGGCUGGGGGAUUCCAGCAGAGCCCAGAGUCACUCCCUGAGCUGUAGGCAAAGCAUGGUCCAGAGAAGGCUUACAUCCUCAACAUGGUACCAAGGGACAGAGGAGCAGGUCUGUCCUGAGUGAGUCAAGCAUACCUCCGAAGCCUCCUGGUCACAGCUGCAAGACUGGUGUCCAAACUGUGUGUGUGUGUGUGUGCGUGUGUGCGUGUGUGCGUGUGUGUGUGUGUGUGUGUGUGUGUCAGAGACAGACAGAGAGAGAGAAUGAGGGAGGGAGAGAGGGAGAGAGAGAGAGAGAGAGAGAGAGAGAGAGAGAGAGAGAGAGAGAGAGAGAGAGAGAGAGAGAGAGAGAGAGAGAGAGCACAAGCAUACAUUCGGGCCUGAGCUUCCCACGGUGUCCAUGUGAGUGCUGGGAGGGACAUGCCUACCCUGAGCCAGAGACACAGGCUGGUGGACAAGUGUCAGAUGUACCUUGCACUGGGGUCUUCCCCUUAGGAUCUGAGGUUUGUUCUCUCUACCAAAACCAGCAACCCACUGGGGCUUCAAUGGGCUGAGGGGCGUGAUACGCACACCCCCGAGGUCCUCUGAUGAGAGCAUGCUUAGUGCUGGGGAAGGAGGAGAUAUAAACUCCCAGCCAAGACAAAGGCAUCUGAAAUAGCAGGGGAGGUGGCCUCCUCCUCCAUGCAGGACCCGGGUCCCCGUUAUGCCAGGGGCUUCUGUCCCUUGGUGUCUCUGUGGCUGAGUGGCACGGGGGGUGGCUCUGCCUCUUAAGAAGGAAAAGGUCACCCCCACACUCCAUCCUCCGAAACUGAGGAUGGCUGUUGGAUAAAGGUGUGUUCCAGAGCAUUCCUAGCCAGUACCCCGAAAGCCAGUGCAAGAAAGGAGCCUGGAUCCUCCACCAAGGGCUGAACCCGUGUGGGAAUACAGGCGGCAGGGGUGGGCACAGGUGCCCUGCCGUUGACUUCCUCAGAGAGGGGCGCUGCAGGACGGUGCCCCGUUUAACAGGUGCCGCUUAUCCGAGUGACAAAGGAGGCCUCUCAUGGCCACCUCCCAGCUUCCCCUUCUCCACGAGCCCCUUCCCUCUCCUGCAAUCAUUUCUGAGGAUGGGGGGGGUCCCUGUAGGAAGGGCUUUUGGGAGAGUGAUGUUCAUCAUGGGCAACACUGCAGUUCUGAGAGUGGCCUUUUAUUUUAGCCGACUCACUUUCUAUGCUAGUGUCUGGAAGCUAGGGCCCCAACCAGGCAUAUCCGACGUCUGGUACCGCCGUAACAGUACGUGGGACACAGCCUCAGUGGCUACAGCCACGGGCAUCUGACUGGCACACGCAGCUUUGGGUCAGUGGUCCAGGCUUGGGCGGUCCUGGUCUUGGAGAGGAUUGCUGGCUCUCUCCCGGGGUCACCGUCUCCGAAGCCCCAGUGGGUACGUAAGAUGUGUGGCCUCCGAGUCUUGAGUCACCCCGUGACGGUGGAGGCAGAAAUGAGCAGGUGCUUUUCCAAGUGUUGGUAGGUGCAGACCACCGGCACUUGUUGACCACCGGAGGGGCAAAGCAGGCUGCGUGGCCGAAUGCGGCAUCCAGUGUUGGAAAGCGAACCCUUGUCUCUGGGGUUUCUCCCAGCGGUCACGAAGCAGAAGCCUGGUGAUCCAGACGGGUCCCAUCAGCCUACCACCCUAGGAAAUCUAGAUACAGAUCACUCCUUUCCCAAGGAGGAAGAGCCGGCUCCCCUCCCCCCUCUCAGGAUCACACUCCCAUGCUAUACCCCAUGGCCUACACGUUCACUGUGCUGUGUCGGGUGGGGACAGCGGGGCAGCUCUAGGGAUUCCCUCACCCUGGAGAGUCUCAGAGAGCAAGGAUCUCUAGCUCUCACUGCUCCCCAAGGCCUGACCUAGAAUGGUCAGCGACAGCCUUGUGCCUGGUAUCUCCCUAGUCCCAUGGACCCUGGCAUUACCUGUGUUAAGCCAGCUGGGGCCUCUCCAGCCAGACACGGUGUGUGGGCUCUCGGAGCUCUGCUCGACAGAAUGGAGAGAGGCCCCCGCAUGCACAGAGCAGCAACCUUAAUCUGGAUGCAAUUAGAGGAGACCAGCCAAAUACCCUGUGGCAGCUGUUACCCCGGGAUUAUUCCCAGCCAGCAAAAGGCAUUAGGGUGAUAAUUCAGUCAUUAGACUUCUAGCCUUCCCACCGCCAGGACAUACAAAUCACGGGUAAUCAGCCCGCACACCGUCCCUUGGCCACGAGGCUUAUUUAACCCAUUUUUUAAAAUGACACUUAAUGCUAUUGACCAGCACGCCUGUGUGCGCAUGCCCCGCCGCUAAUGUCUGUGCUGACGACAUCACCUCAUGUCACUGGGGCUCUAGCAAAGGAAGAUACCUUUGAUGUGUGUGUGUGUGUGUGCAUGUGCAUGCGUGUGUGUGUGUGUGUGUGUGCAUGCAUGUGUGCAUGCGUGUGUGCAUGUGUGUGCGCGCGUGCGUGUGUUCAUGCGUGUGUACGUGCAUGCGUGUGUGCUGGCACGGGUGAGGCAUAAUGCCUACCUUGGAAAGGGCCACUCGCUUUGCUUCUGACUCACUUUCCAAGCAGAGGGAACAGUGUUGGGGGAGGGGGCGGCAGCCAGGGGAGCCGAGGGCAGGGUUGGGGUGGAAUGCGUGCUCCUCUGUCUGGGCCAGUGCCCUCACCGGGUACAGAGAAGGCCUCUGUUUCCAUAGAAAGCUCUGCCUCAAGUGCCAGCCAGGAGGCCUGGCCCGCCUCUGCAGACUGUGUGGUUCCUGGCCAGCCAGGGUCAGGGAGGGGUACAGGUUACAUUCAGGAGGGAAGAUUUCGGUCUUGACUUGUGGGUGUGUUUGCUGAAAGUGGUCAAAGGAGUGUCUCCUGGAGCUGGUGCCUUUGACGGCCCUGGGCACGGGGAGGGGCUGGCGAUAAGGUAUCGGGGAGAGGACUGUGGGUGGUUUCGGGGGUUCCUCUGCCCUCUUGCCUGCACUCAACAUUUUGUGUUUGCUUUGCUGCGCCAAGGGCCGUGUGUGGAACUCGGGGCCCAUGCUCGUGCUAGGCAGACGUGCUGCCCCACUGAGUGACCCGCCCAGCCCAUCUGUUUCAUGUUUGAUGAAGUCAGUUCGGACAGAGGUCAGCACACACACACACACACACACACACACACACACACACACACACACACACACGGUGCCAGGAGUUCACCUGUGGCCUCCUCUAAGAGGCUUCUUUCCACUGCAGUCAGGCUGGGGUUGUCAGGGACACCCUGGUCCCACCAGACGGAAGGAUAGGAGACUCCCUGGAGGUCGCCCCUCCCAGGAGGGAGAAAGAUGGCAAGUCUCCUGGAAAACUUAACGCAGAGGUAUAGCCUGGGUUAGAAGGAGGCCAGCCCCCCCCCGUGGGCACAGCCUGAGGCUAGACCUGCCCUGGAGUCCCGGGAGAGCACGGCGGUCUCUGGAUGUUAGUCUCGUGUUUCUACAGUGGUUGUGUUGCAUUUUGUCCUGGGAUAACCUAGUCUAGAGGGAACCUCCCCAAACCUAAGAAGCCAGUUCCGCCCCUCGGCGCCUCCCCGGCAGGGAAUGAAGGGUUCCCCUAGCCUGUGCUUCCUCGCCUGUGGAAGGAGAGGAAGGCUCUCCAUCGGGCUCCUUCAAAAACCUGCGCCGGGGACUUCUGUGUAAAGGCUGCCACGGGGGUGGCUAACCGUGGCCCAGGGGACCUCACCUGCCACUCAGGGAAGAGCCCGCUGGCCUCAGCUUUCCGCAGCCGCGACCAAGAGGGGCCAUCUACUCCCCAUCAAGUGCUCUCCCUGGUUGGAGAGCCAGCAGACCCACGCCUCUCCCACGUCCGUCUCCACCUUCCGUGUGUCCCCUGCAGAGGGCAAGCCUCUGCACCUCCUCUCCCGCCUACCCUGAAGAAAAGCGAGCCACAGAGCCACCUCAGCGGUCUUGGCCUGCGCCCGUCUGUGCGCAUGCGCAGUGCUCGUCCGUAGCCGGCCUCGCCCACAGCUGGGAAGAACCUUCGGCGGGCGGGCGGACGAGGACGCUGCACUUCCGGCACAGCUGCAUGCAGAUACCGGCCACCGCCAGGCCUUUAAAUACGUUGCAUUCGGUUCCAGGUGGGAGGAUAGCAUUUCAGGUUCCCGGGGGGGGGGGGGCAAGUCACGUGACCGGCCCCCUUCCACACCUUGAGGAUAAUAAGGAGGACAGCUUUCUGUGUGCUUUGUUUUUUUUAAAGUAAUGAAAUAUCCCCCAUUGCUGAUGUCUAUGGCAAGUGAGUCCUCUCUCUGUUGCGUUUCUUUCUUUCUUUCUUUUUUUUUUUUUGACAGUCCCCUUCCGGUCAAGGUCAGGACUGGUCUCCGUGACCCUUGUUAAUCAUGACUCUUCAUGGAUCCCACACAAAAUAAAUACAAUAGUAUUGUGA